GAGAAGAAAAUGGUAGGGCUGAGCAAGGAAUCCGUAAAAUUCGUAAUUUGAUCCGGUUCAAUCCAAUUCGAUAGAUUUGAAUUGGUUUUUUGAAUCCGUGAUUCGGUUCCGGAUUGAAAAUUUCAAAAUCCGUAGGCCACAAAUUGGUUCCGGAUUAAACCCCACGGUUCCGGACUGGAACCGAUCCGGACCAUCUAAAAAUAAUCUAUAUUUUUAUACUAUAUACCUUCCCACACCAUAUAAUUUCUUAUCUGAUAUAAAAGCUGCAGCCUCACUCAUUCACGCCUCUCACUCUCAUCUCAGGUCUCUACAUCGAUGGUGUCUCUCUCUCUUCUCUUUCCCAUUGCAGACUGAGUUCUCUCACACUCUCAUCCAUCUCAGAUCAGAUCGGUGUGCUGCUGCUCGUCUUUCUCUGUCGGUGAGCUAGCUCUCUCUCUCUCUCUCGGUGUUCUCAUCUCUCAUCUCUCUCUCUCUCUCGGAUCGGUGACUAUUUUUGUUCCUUUGUUCCCAGAUCAUCCAUCUCAGAUUAUUUUCUGUUUUUAUUUUUAUUUUUUUUCUGAUUUCAACUCUGUUUUGUGUUGUUUGUUUGAUCAGUCUGAUUGUAUUUCAUGUAGAUAUUUUCUCGGUUUUUCCAUCUUUUAUUAAUGAGGGGAAAAAGAUUAUAGAACAGGGGUUGUUAUAUGCUCUUGUUAUAUGCUCUUGUUUUUCCAUUUUUUCCAUAUUUUCUCGACAUUGGAAGAAAGGAAAAAGUUAUAUGCUCUUGUUAUGUUGGUUGCUGCUAUUAUUUUUGUUUGUAAUCAAUCUCAAGCAGGUUGAGGCAUUAAGAUUGGGCUUGGGUUCCAGGGGAGAGCCUCUACAAGAACACUUCUGAACUUCUUCAUUAAGAUAUGGGGUACAUGUAGAGGCAGUGUUUGGGUGACCUUACCCUACAUCUGCCUUGAUUGGUGGUUCAUUGGUGGUGAUGGUAAGGCUAGCACUCUUUGAUUGAGACUCACCUAUGCCACUGUUUGGUUUGAUGGAGGUUUUAGGUAAAGAUGAAAGACACAUCUACAAAGUGUGUUAAUAAAAUAUAUUUUUUGAUUGGUUUAAAAUUUUUGAAUGUUUAAAUUUUGGUGGGAUCAAUACAGUUUUUGAAUAUGAGAUUCAUAAUUUUGGACCAAUUAGUUCAUGACAGAUUUAUUUUUGUUCAUGGAAAUGUAGUGUUGCAGUUUUUGAGAAUCAGCCAAAAAAUUUCAAGUUGAUUUGUGUUCUAACUAUGAGAAAUAUAUGGAAAAGAAACACAUCUCCAGAAGAGUGGAAAAGAGAAAAGAAUGAGAGAAAAUAGAGAUGUACAAAUACUGUAUUUGAAAUUUUAGUGGACAACUCAUGGAGUUCUUCCAAACUUCAAUUUGUAGUUGUGCCUUCAAUCUCAUUUCAAGUCAUGUUUACUUAUAUAAUAUUGUUUACAGAUUUUCAGCAGCUAUGUUGCUAUUGGAAUGGAAAUGCUAUUGGAAUGGAUGUUGUUUAUUUAUAUUGUUUACAGGCUGCUAUUGGAAUGGAUGUUGCUUAAUUAUAUUGUUUACAGGUUUUCAGCAGCUAUGUUGCUAUUGGAAUGGAAAUGAACCGUAGAUAACGGAUUGGUCCUGGUUUUCUCCCAAUCUGGACUAAUCCGGUCCAUGCUCACCCCUAGAAAAUGGCUCUCUGGUUUCGACGACUGAGAGAAAUUUCAAGAAUUUUGCCCCACAUUUACUCAGGUAAUCGAUAUCUACAAUGUAGACAAGAUAUCGGCUUAAUUGCUUGGCAAUCAAAUCCUUUGACUCUUGUAUUGCCAAACUUCAUGAGAAAUUUUGCCGACAAAGGUGGUUGUGUUCAAAGGUUGUCAACUGUUUCAGUAACAUCACCUGAGUCUCUUCCUGAAGUUGAUUUCUUGUCCUUCAUUGAAUCUACUUUUAAUGAUCUUGAAGGCCCUUAUCAUUGUUGGUUGAAUAAAGUUGAGGAUAGCAAGCAUUUUUGUAGGAGAAAUGGAGUCUUCUUAGUUCUUGUUGGUGCAUUCCUUGAGGAGCCUUUAAUACCUGGAAGCAGUCGUGUUGUUAUGUCUGAGAAAGUAAAAUCAUUACAGCAGAGGUAUCCUACACUACAUGUUAUGGGUUUUCAGUCCAGCAGUUUGAUUUUAUCUGAUGCUGUUCGUACUUGCCUCAUUCAAAUAAUCAUGAAAGACUAUAUUACAUUUCCUAUUUUAUUGUCUAACAAGAAUUUUAAAGAGAUGACAGAUGGGACAUGUUUCAUUUUAUGUAAAGGUUUUAAGAGUUCUUUCCUUUACUAUGAGAGGGAUGUGGAUCUUGGAAUGAUUGACAACGCUGUCAAGGAGUUAGUGCACCACAGUGAGACUAGUAGUAUAGUCAGCAACAUGAAAAGCAGUUGGGUGAAGCAAAUUGAAGGCAUUAAGGAACCACCUGUUUGUGCUUCCUUGCGCAACUUACUACUUUUCUUCCCAGGUUGCAUCUCUGUUGAUGAAAGGGGCAACCGCUUGUUCCUCUCUGACAUCAAUCACCAUCGGAUUAUCAUAUUUGAUGACAAUGGAAAAAUUUUAGACUGUAUUGGAUCUUCCCCAGGCUUUGAGGAUGGAGAGUUUGAAUCUGUCAAGUUAAUGUGCCCUGCAGCUUCUUUCUAUCAUGUAGUUGAGGAUUGCCUAUAUUUUGUGGACUCAGAGAACCAUGCCAUCAGGAGAGCUGAUAUGGAGAGGAGGGUUGUGGAGACACUAUAUCCAACAUGCAAUGCUAAUAAGAAAAACAAUAGUCUCUUGAGUUGGAUCAUGGAUAAGCUCUUGAUGAAAAGAGAUGUUGACAGAAAGUCUGAAAGUUUGGAUUCAAAAUCAUUUUUGUUUCCUUGGCAUCUGAUCAAAGCAUUGGAUAAUGAUCUCUUUAUUUUUAACCGAAGCUUUGAAACUUUAUGGAUUAUGGAUUUGGCUUCAGGAGUGAUCAAAGAAAUUGUCAGAGGGUUUCCAAAGAUUCUGGAGAGAUGUGGACCGAUGGUCCUGGAAAAAUCAUCACUUUUGAAGCAGAUUCCAGGUGAUUGGUUGCAGCAGCUAGUUGGUAAUAAUAGUGCAUUGGGCGAGAUUACUUGUGCUGGUCUUAUGUCUUCGAUAGCAACAUUUCAGGACCAUAUAGUUGUUUGUGAUACAGUUGGUCAGAGGGUUUUGAAACUCAGUAGAGAAUCUGGAUUUAUUUCAAGCUUCCACUUCUCAAACUUGGGGAUCCUUGGACUUCCUUAUUGGUUAGCAUCCUCUUUGGAGAGAGUUUAUGAUGUCGGAGAUUUACUGUCAGAAGUUCACGUUGACCAUGUUCAAUGUUUCAGUUUGUUGCCAGGUAGGAUUGACAUACAGUUGAAUGUAGAUAUACCUGAAGAUACUGAGCUUGUUGAACCAUUACAAGAAGGUUGCGUAUGGCGCCAGGCAAGAGGGGCAGCCACUGAAGUAUCAGGAGCAGAGAGCAGAGUGGCAUCCUCAGAGAAGGUUGGUGUUGCCCAACAGUGGUAUGAUGAGUUGGAUGACCUUGCCUUUUCAACACCAGAAAUAGAAUUGAGCGCUGAAGAGGGAUACACUUCUGAUGGGAACUCACAAGAAGAGGGAGUUUGCAUUGAUUGUGCUAUCAAUACAAGUCCUGGAACAAGUGAGGUUGUCGUUUACGCAGCACUUUAUUUAAAACUGAAAAGAAAUCCAAAUUCAAGGAAGGAAAGCAUGGAGAAAAAAGCAGUUAGGAUAGCAGAUAUUUUGAACCCACAGAGAGCAGAAACGAUGGGUAAGGACCCGUGCAUUGAAUUUUUGAUGAAAUCAGAGAGAGAUCCGAUGGGAGAACUUGUCUUCAUGAAACCUCUAUGUGUGAGGCUGAAGUUUGAUUGUGGUGACCACCCCAAAGCAGCAGACAAUUCAAAAGAAAUCAUUUUAACAGACUCCUCCAUCGAGGUCAAUGUAUCUCUUUAAUGUGUUAACGCACCACCUUGCGCUCAACCAUGAGCAUGAUGAUAUCUGUAACAUUAUUGUGUUGUGAAAAUGUUAUUUGUUUAAGUAGAUGUGUAUGCAGAUUGUUUUGUUUUCAUUCCAGUGAAAGCUGGGUUUUCUUAGACCACAGUGAACUAUUUGCACCUAUAGGUGUGUGCUCUCAGUUUGUCAUUUUAUAGCUCUCAAUCAGCUGACCUAAUGAUAUAAAUGCUUGGAUUUGUGGAGUGCAAG